CCCUUCCACCACUAAUCAUGAAGCUCAAUUCACUUGCUCCAACAGCCAUUAUGGCGUUAGCUGCCGCUGUGGCCGCUGAAUCUUCCCACCCCUCCUUCACCCCGUUUGACGAAUCCAAGUUCGCCCAGAAGGACCACUUCUUGGACCAGUUCACCUAUGAAAGUGAGGCUGAAUUGGCCAAGGUCUGGAAGGUCUCACACGCUACAAAAGACGCGGAAUUCGCGUAUGUCGGUAAGUUUGCCGUCGAGGAGCCAUCGGUGUACCCAGGGUUCAAGAACGAUAAGGGGUUGGUGUUGAAGACCCCGGCUGCCCACCACGCCAUUUCCCACAAGCUCGCAAAGCCGUUCGACAACACGGACAACACCUUGGUGAUGCAGUAUGAGGUGAAGUUGCAGAACGGGUUGGUCUGCGGCGGGGCGUACGUCAAGUUGUUGUCUGCCGAGGGCUUCCACGGCGAGGAUGCUGACGAGUUUGACGGCGAAACUCCAUACCAGAUCAUGUUCGGCCCAGACAAGUGUGGUGCCACUAAUAAGGUGCACUUGAUCAUCAAGCGUCCAAACCCUGUGACCGGUGAGAUCAUCGAGAGACACUUGGGGUCGCCGCCGCAGGCCAAGAUCCAGAAGACUUCGGUCCUCUACACGUUGAUCAUCGAGCCAAACCAGGACUUCCAAAUCAGAAUCAACGGGGAGGUUGCGAUCGCGGGCAACUUCUUGGAACAGGACCACUUGUACCCACCGUUGAACCCACCAAAGUACAUCCCGGACCCAGACGAGGAGAAGCCAGAGUCAUGGGAUGAGCGCGAGGAGAUUCCCGACCCAGACCAGGCCGAAAAGCCGGACGACUGGGACGAGUCGCUUCCACCGUUGAUUCGCGAUCCAUCCUCCAUCAUGCCCGAGGGCUGGAAGGAGGACGAACCGUUCUACAUCGUGGACCCAGAGGCCGAGAAGCCGGAAGACUGGGACGAUGAAGAGGAUGGUGAGUGGUUGGCGCCGGAAAUUCCAAACCCGGUAUGCUUUGAAAUUGCCGGCUGCGGUCCGUUCAAACCUUUGAUGAUGGCCAAUCCAGAGUACAAGGGCAAGUGGGUGCAGCCAUACAUCACUAACCCAGAAUUCCAAGGCAAGUGGGCCCCACAGGAGAUUGAGAACCCAGAAUACUUCGAAGACAUCAAGCCAUCGAAUGUGGGCCUCAUUGGCGGUCUCGGCUUCGAGCUCUGGACCAUGGAGGGUGACAUUUUGUUCGACAACAUCUACUUGGGUCAUUCUAUUGAGGAUGCCGAGACUUUGGGUAACGCCACAUUCGUUGAGAAGACCAAGUUGGAGGAAGAUGACCAGAAGGCAAACGCUCCAAGGGCGCCAAACGCCCCGGAACAGCCUCCAAAGGGUUUAUACGAUGAGGCCGACUACGAGACCGAGGAGAACGUGGUCAAGAGACACUUGCUCAACGCCUACGCAUUCGUCACUAGCUACUCUAGAGACGCUCAGCAGUUUGCUAACGAGUUUGUCAACGACCCAGUCGUUGUUUUGUCCACCAGAUACAUGGAGGCGUUGUACUACGUAUCCACUUUCCUUGGGUCGUUCACCUUGGUGUUUGGCUUGUGGUCCACCUUGAUGUACUAUUUGGUUGGCGGUCCUGCCGAGCAGCCAGUUAAGAAGGAGCCAAAGAUUGUGGAAGUAGAAGGUGAUGCUAAGACUUCCGGUGCCAAGAAGGCCUCCACCACCGCUUCCAAGCGUAAGAACUAAGCGUGUAAGAUUUUAUGAGUUCUUUGAAAGAACUCAGGAUUGCUAGCCAAUAAGCUUAAUAAAAAAAAACAAGUUAACUCCUAGGGGCGAGGUGU